CUUUUUCGUUGCCAUUACAACGUGUCGUCUCUGAUCUUCAGAAGAGAACAUCUUGUCGUUUCUUCAUUCAUUUCUCCGCUCGGGCCUGCGAACCUGCGAUAGCCGCCGGAGGGACUCAUCUUUCCAGAGAUUCUCCGCGCUUCAUCCAUGGCGAAAUCUCUGCACUUCACUAGACUAAUGUCUUCUUCAGCAAGAACAUCGCUAACGUCUCUCUUAUUCUUCUCCUUUGGACACAGGAAAGCCCGCAAUCCCUGCUUCAGUUCCCUUUUCUUCUCAUCUACGCCGUACCCGCUUCAGUACGACAUGAUCAUCAACCGGCCAACCCAGUCUUCCCUCGCACAGAACCGCCGGAGACCCGUGCGUGUCAGCAAGUCUGACUCGUCGGGGCAGCUGGAGCCUGGGGAACCGGAAUUCGAUUCGUGGGUCGAUAAGAAGCUGGCUUUGGAGCGUGAAAAAGGUCGACCUGGUUCGGAAGGUCCGGAAAUGGACAAGGCGAAGAGGAAGUACUACAGCAAGAGAAGGAAAAGGCUAUACGGGACGGAUUCUGACGACGACAACCGAAAAUCUGAUGAUGGGUUUGUUGAAUUGAAACCGGAAGUUGUGGAAUUUGACAGACUGCAUCAGAGAGAAGAGGAAUUGUAUUUCUAUGAUGCAUUUGCGUACCCAUGGGAGAAAGAUAAGCAUUAUAAGAUGGUGUAUCAGUUGGAGAAGAAGUAUUUUCCCGAUCAAUGCUUGGAUAAGGCAUUCAUGCAGCCCGGGGAAUCCAACGCAGAUACUGGAAAAGUUAGAGGAAAGAAGAAAGCUGGCGGUAGACAGAAAAACAACGUCGCCGUGAGGAACGACAAUGAAAAUGGUUGUGAUGAUGAUGAUGAUAAAAAGUUGAUGUUUUUUGAUGAAGCGAAGGAAAAAAAGGAGGAGCAGAAAGAUGUGACUGAGAAGAAAGUCGAACAGUUCUUCAAGUGUUUGACAAAAUUCCCCAAUGAGAAAGCUGUAGCCGGAGUUGGUGAUGGUGAACCUUUCCUUGUGACGAGGAAUGGUGAACUUCCUCCGAGGUGGGAUGGUCCAAACGGUACGGUGGUUUUGAUAAACAAACCCAAAGGUUGGACAUCGUUCACUGUAUGUGGAAAGCUGCGGCGAUCAGUCAAAGUGAAAAAGGUGGGUCAUGCUGGAACACUCGAUCCCAUGGCAACUGGGUUGUUGAUUGUCUGCAUCGGUAAAGCCACCAAGCUCGUAGAAAGGUAUCAAGGUAUGGUAAAGGGUUACAGCGGUGUUUUCCGUCUUGGUGAGGCCACAUCAACUUUGGACGCCGACUCUCCUGUGAUUCAAAGGGAGCCUUGGGAGCAUAUAAAAGAUGAGGACAUAAAGAAAGCCAUAGCCUCAUUUAGUGGAGAGAUAUGGCAAGUACCUCCAAUGUUCUCAGCCAUCAAAGUUGGGGGAGAGAAAAUGUAUGAGAAGGCAAGAAGGGGAGAGACUGUCGAGCUGUCGCCCAGACGAAUCUCAAUUUACCAUUUUGAUAUCGAACGUAGCUUGGAUGAUAGACAAAAUCUAAUUUUUAGGGUUAUUUGCUCAAAGGGAACAUACAUAAGAUCCCUCUGUGCGGAUCUUGGAAAAGCUCUUGGAAGUUGUGCUCAUCUCACAUCUCUCAAGCGAGAUUCCAUCGGGGAAUAUUCAGCUAACGAUGCAUGGGAAUUCAAAGAGUUGGAAGAAGCAAUCACUAAAAACUACUUCUGAUGGUCCUCAGAGAUGAAUGGGCAAAGUGUCAUGAGGAAGAGGAUCGUCGUCUGAUUACUGGAUGGAGGAGACCAAGAAAGGGGAUUGAUACAGAGAUAGAGGGGUUCAUGUCUGACAUUGGUAAAGGUGGUUCAUUUGUUUCGCAAGGGCUUAUAUUGGCAUUGCUAACAGUUUGGUUUGGUACUCAUACACAAUGAUGAACUAACUGGUUCAGACUCCCCAGCG